CACACCCGAAGAAGUAGUUACCAUUGUACCACGCAGUGGUAAACAACUCGUUGCCCACCCAUUCACCUCCCGACACGUGUCAAAGUAAUUCAAAUAUUUGUGCGAUGACUGUCUGAACACGUGAAUGUUUUUUUUUUUGAAGGAAAGUGCUCAAAUAUGAAUUCUCUACUGAAAAUUCUGCCGAUUUUGUUGUUUACGGAGUGCACUGGAAUUAUAGAAGUGGUCAGCUUAAAGCCUGAGAUAGUGCCUAAUGUUGAAGAGCUGCAGAUUGAUGAGGGUCAACCAAUGGAGAUUACUUGCAGUAGUAAUUCGCAAGAGAUAAAGUUUCAUUAUCCUGUGGAAUCCGAUUAUGCAACUACAUCCCCGGUUGAUAUAAACUCUUGGGAGGUCGAACGCAAACAUUACGCUACGUUACGAAAGCCAAAAACGACAUAUGAAGACACAGGUUACUAUGGUUGCGCCGAAAGUGGGGUUUUCAUCGAUCAAAAUGUCCACGACCAGCCUAACGUGAACUGGAUCUACGUUUAUGUGAAAUCUAAUACGAGUUGGUUUGCGCCAAGUUCAGUUUUCGAUGCCAUACACAGUAAACUUGGAACCUCAGCCAUCAUUCCAUGUCGUCCGACUUCUCCAGAUUACCACGUCAUUCUUGAGAAGGAUACUGAUCAACUACUUGAAGUCGGUGAAAAACUAUCAUUUAACCCGAGAGUAGGAUUCACUAUACAUCAUCUUACUGUACCAGAUAGUGGCUGGUACAUGUGUAAGAUAAAACUGGAUGAUGAGGCCCUUGCCGGAAUGACCUAUAUCUUGCAAGUCAAUAAUGUUCCGGAUCUUGUUCCACCUAUCAUAGAUGAAUCUCCACUGCGACAUGUCACACUCGGUCAAACGCUUCGAGUAAAUUGCAGCAUUGAGAUGAGGAGUGCUGACAUACCCCACUCAUUGAAUUGGACUCUACCAAAUCAAAGUUCCCGAUUCAAAAUAAUGUCCUACAGCGCGAAUUUGAGUCAGACGAUGGUGAAGACAACUAGCCAGCUACAAAUUGUAGACAUUCAAAAUGAGGAUGCUGGAGAGUACAGAUGUUCAUUGCUGACACAUCAUGGCAUCACGUCAACCAAUACUACUCUGACGAUUCACGAUCCCAACUACAAAUUCAUCAAACUGACGCCGCAAAGCAAUCGUACACAUUACGUAUUAUCGGAAGGUGCACAAAUUACGUGGAUCGUCACAGUUGACGCUUACCCUCCACCAAUACUUACAUGGACUUUCAUUGAUGCAAACGGGGAAACCGCAAUAAACAAUUCAUCCAAACGCAACAUUUCCACUUCAAGUGUUAAAACAACAUUAGUGAUAACAGACUUAGAGAUCUCUGACAUGGGGCAAUAUAAGCUACGUGCGAUAAACAGUGAUGAACAUUCAAAUGAGACCAAUGAGUCACUCGAUUUCUCGCUGGAGGUCACAUCAAGGCCCUAUGUCGAAGGGUUCGAUCUCACACCGUAUUACUUACCCAAUUUGUGGAUGAAUACCACGUGUCAUGUUGUCGGUUACCCGGCACCGAGGAUAUUGUGGUCAUUUACACCGCUCAGUACAAUGCAGGAGAUACAGCUGAAGGGAGACGAAUCUUUGAAGUUCACGGAGACUUUUUCGACUGUUAAACUGUGGACCAAUGCCAGUGGAUUCCUCAACUGUUCCUCUUGUAAUAAGCUUGGGUGUGAUUCUGUGGAACACCGACUGGUUAUAGCAGAGAUAGAAGGAGGAUUCGGAAUUAUUCCGCCGAAACAAGAGGAUGUGACCACUGAUGAUGACGUUGUAUUGACAUGUCUCGCAGCAAUAUAUAACUAUACUGAUAAUGUCAGAUGGAUGUAUGAUAAUGGAUCAGAUAUUACCAAGACCAAUCGAAUCAGUCUGCAUUAUGAACAAUCGGAAUAUACGUAUCAGGCAAUUCUACGGAUAAAUUCAGUGCGUCAAACCGAUGAGCAAAGAUACAGUUGCAAGGGGAUUAUGAUUCCGGACGUAGAUGUUUAUGACUAUUAUCACCUUUAUGUUAAAGAUCCUUAUAUUCCUCGCCUGCUGCCAGACACAAAUCUGAAUCAAUCGGAGAAUAUUUAUAACGCUGGCAUAGAUACAUUGGAAGCAAUAGUCUUGAAUUGUUUCUUUGAUGGAAUGCCCAAGCCUACGAUUACCUGGUUAAAGGAUGAGGUACCAAUUGAUUUCGGCGAUGCAUCUUCCGAUGCUCUUCGAGAUUACACCCUGGACAAUAAAAACCAAUCCCUCCGCAUUGAACACUUACUCGAACGUGUGAGUGGUACAUACACUUGUAAAGCGACCAACAAAGUGGGAUAUACAUCAUCCUGGCAGAAAAUAACGAUCAAGAGCAAGGAAGUAUCGACCGGUCUUAUAGUUCUUAUAAUUGUUUUGAUAGUCGUCGUGGUUGUCCUAGUUGUUUUCUUCAGUAUCAAGGUCCACCGAGAGAAGAAAAUACGACAUCAAUUGAUGGAAGCAGGUUUGACCAAUUUCGAAGAGGGCGCGCUUGAAUGUCUGAAUUCUGCAUUGCCGGUGGAUGAUCAAGUAGAAUUUCUACCGUAUGACAAGAAAUUUGAGUUUCCAAGGGAACGUCUGAAAUUCGGUAAACAAUUGGGACAUGGAGCGUUCGGUGUCGUAAUGAAAGCCGAAGCCCGAGGAAUAAUGGAAGACGAAGACACGACAACAGUUGCAGUGAAGAUGGUGAAACGUUCUGCAGAGUCCAUUCACAUUCGAGCACUUGUCAGUGAGCUCAAGAUCAUGGUUCACCUUGGUAAACACUUAAACGUUGUCAACCUCCUCGGUGCCUGUACUAAAAAUAUCGCAAAACGUGAAUUGCUGGUAAUUGUGGAGUACUGUAGAUACGGAAAUGUGCAUAACUAUUUGUUCCGUCACAGAUCGGACUUUGUAAAUCAAAUAGAUCCGGCCACGGGAAAAAUGGAUGUGUCUAUCGGGUCGGAUUUACUGAAUCGUACACUCAGCGUGGGAAGCACUAAUAGGAUAAAAUAUGCGACCUUAUCAUUUUCCCGUACUCUUAGCUUGAGCUCCAACGGCGAUUCAGGGCCAUACAGUCCCGAUCCUGAUUCACAGGGUGUGACUAUGACACCGGAUGGAAUGGCACUCAGCAAUAAUUCCGUUCAGCCUGCCUGGCGAUCAAAUUAUCGGGGAGAUUACAAGGAUAGUAAUCUGAAACCCAUAUGCACACAAGAUCUAUUAUCUUGGGCAUUCCAAGUUGCUAGAGGAAUGGAAUAUCUAAGUCAGAGGAAGGUACUUCACGGAGACUUAGCAGCAAGAAACAUCCUCCUCGCCGAAGACAAAGUCGUAAAAAUUUGUGACUUUGGGCUCGCCAAAAGUAUGUACAACGAUGACAAUUACAAGAAGCAGGGCGAUGCGCCUCUUCCAAUCAAAUGGAUGGCGAUAGAAUCAAUAAGAGAUCGACUAUUCUCAACACAAUCAGAUAUCUGGUCCUUCGGAAUUGUUCUCUGGGAGUUCUUCACCCUCGCCAAGACUCCCUACCCAGGUAUGGAAGCUGAGAAACAGUAUACAAGGUUGAUCGAAGGCUAUAGAAUGGAGAAGCCCGAAUUUGCAACUGAAGAUCUUUACAACAUUAUGCUCCAAUGUUGGAAAGCCAAGCCGAGGCUUCGGCCAACAUUCGCGGAGUUGGUUGAGAGCAUUGGAAAUUUGUUGGAAGAGAGUGUCAAGAUGCAUUACGUGGACUUGAACACGCCUUACAUGGAUAUGAAUUUGCUUAUCAAGCACGAUUACUUGAAAAUGAUGUCAGCCCCUGACCACGAAGCUCUCUCCUCCCCUUCUUUAUACGUAAAUACUCCAUGUUUGCCCAAGGUCAGCACUACCGAUGAUCGGUAUCUCUGCAUGACUCCAUCAACUUACAAAAAUGAUACGGAUGACGUAUUCCAUCCUAGAGUCCCUGCUCAAGAAACGCACUUCGAAUUUCCCAUACCUCAGAAACAUCAGGUCCACUCGGACUCCGAGUCAGAGGCGGUGGAAUUCGCUCCGAUGCUGAAACCCAAUGAGGAUGAUACGUACUUACAACCGAUAAAUGUCGCAGAACGCCGAGCGGAAUUCACCAGACAGCGACAAGCGAUGAAGACGAGCGCGGUUCCUGUGAAGAACUCUAUGGAGAGGGACUCCGGGUACUGCAACACCCCACAUAAUUUAAAAAGCUUCGAUCUAAAUGUAGGUGAUGAGAAAGAUCAUAUUGAUGAUACGGCGAGUAGUGAUAACAGGAAGGGCGAGUGCAAUCCUGGACUGAUCAAAACUCAGGAUAACUACGUUAAUAUGCCCCGGAAUAAGAAUGAUCUGAGGAGGGAUUCUCCGGAUAGUUUCACCAAUCCCAGUUAUAUUCUACUCAAUGUUGAACAACAGCCUGGAAUAUCGGGUGUGUGAGUUUGCUUUUUACAAAAGCAAAUUCACUCAUAAUAUUCCACUGAAAUUGUAAUUGCUUCAUGAUGAAUGUCGAUAUAAUUGUGAGAUUGAGUAGCCAUUCGUGGCUUGUAUUAUAUUUAUAUAUUCUUUGGUGCCACGGCUGGGAUUCAUCAAGACCUAGCUUAAAGAUGUUCGCGAGAGGAAGGCGAAGAAUUAGUUAAGAGGAGAUAUUCUUAAUAAUCCCUACGUAUGCAAGUUGUUCGCACCGUUCGAUGGUCUAGUCGUGAGUCUGCUCCGCCAAAUGGUGACAACAUUCGGAUGAGAAUGAGCUCAGAAUCCCUGACGCUGCAGCGCUGAGGAAGACAUCGAAUCUUCAGUAGGAUGCAAUCGAAGCCGCAUACGGCGAUAACAAACAUGAGUACAAUCGUAGGAUCAUUAGAACUCAAAAUAAUGGGAGUAAUAUAUAGAAAAGUAUGACGGAUCCAAGAAGGCAGGUUUCUGGUAGUCUGGCCGACCCGUGAUCAAUGUUAACUGCUUCGGAUUCAUAUCCGUUCUGAGCCCCGGACAUUGAGUUUAAGUUUACUUGUCUAAUAGGUUAAUCUUGAUUAUCAAGAGUAUUCUAUAAUAAAUGUCAGCAUGACUGAGGAUCCUCGUCAUUAUUUGUAAAUUAUGUAUAGAAAAUUGCAUCAGAACUCAACGGGUCCAAAUUCUCCUUAUCGUAGAUCGAUUUUUUCUGUCGUUGUCCAAAAAUUAUGAUGACUUCUUAAAUUUGAUCAAAUUGUUUAACUCAUCCCAUUGUUGCGAAAUGCCCAUAACUUAGACAAAAAUCGACCUCUUUUAGUUAUUUUUUAAAAUUACAAUUCUUUGGACAAACGCUUCACACAAAAAUGAAUAAUACUUUUUUCCGUUCCUCUAUUGAUUGCUUCGCACAACUUCAAAAAAUCGACUUGUUUUCGAGGUUGAACUCUAUCCAAUUGACUGAUACUUUAUUGUGAAAGGGUAUCUCCUCCGGCUGUCACAAUGUCAUUCAAUUGAUUGAUAUUUGUUGCAUCUCUUGUGGUUCUCUCACUAAUAGAAUUCAACCGAGUUCUACAAUCAGAACAGAUAAAUUUCCAUCUUUUCUGAAUCACUGCUAUGAAUUUCCGUGAGUUCUCCAUUUUUUCUCCCCCUUAAAUGCUGAAUUGGCAAAUGUUGAAAUAAUAGUAGUGACAAUGAGAUUAUAUCAUAGAGAUUGUUUCCCGUUGUCGUGAGAAUGUCUCCUCGUACGAUUCUGGAUACACCGGUGCUGUUUGCAUAUACAUAAACAUUUUUAUAUGAUUACAUGAAUCAAAUAUCGAUAGACUUGCCAGAAAAUCGUCAAGUUUUAUUGAUUGUGGGAUUAUAAUAUUUUUCCACCGUCAUGGUAAGAGGAAAAAUGAAAAGCACUAAUCACUUAAUGUUUUUACAUAUCUAAGGAUAGAAAAACAAACCAUAAAUACUUUUCACUUACGUGAGGUAGUACAUAAGUUUAUGUAAGCGACUGUAAAAUUUUAUACUUGUAAAGUUUCGAUAUCUUCAUUCACUCUGAUAGAAUAAGGCACAUCGUGAAUGGUAGUUUUAUUAUAAAUAUUUUUACUCCUUUUUAUAAUGUCUGUCAUCAUAUUUUUUUCAUAUUGGAUCGACCUGUAUGUAAACGUAUGGAUAAAUAUCAAACUAUAAAUCUA